UAGAGAUUACAGCAGUUGGGCCUUUUGCAGAAACCUAGCAGGAGAAUCAGAAAUGCCCUCCCCUUUUAGGAUUUCCCAACCCUCGCCUGAGGCAGUUGCCGUAGGACAGAGCCCCUCCAGGCUGAGCAGUCCCAGACAUGUCUUGAGCCGGUCCCAGGUCUUAGAAAUUUUUACAUCACGGCCUCAUACCGGUGGUUCUGGUUUUUCAAGCGUGGAUGGAUCAGAGAGAACCCCGGACCCAUCCCUCCCACACCGUCUUCACUAUAUAUGCUCUGGCUUUUUUAUUGAGAGUCGAGUUCAGACUGAGCAAAAACCCUGAGUACAGGCCGAGAGGCUCAGGCAUGCUCAGAAAUCCUGGAAACUUAUUUCACUGUUAAGUAAAAGCCCUGACGGGUAAGCCAUCCAGGGGCGCUCGGGGUGUGCGCAGGGGUCACGGGUAGGCCGAGUGGUGCCAGCGCCCGCAGCGCGGAAGUCUGGCAGCAGUAACAGGGUCGGUGUCGCCAGCAGCCUGCAGGGAUCUGAGGAGCAGAUUGUUGGGGUCACUCAGAGUUGAAAGACUGGUGGCAAUCGGUGGUGAGUCCUUGCAGCCCCCGGGGCCCUACGCCCAUGGAAGGUGGGUCAUGAAGGGUUGGUCAGGAACGCAGAGAUAAAAGUAAGGCCAGAGAAACUGGGCCAGACUGCACUUCACUCGAGGGGCCUGAAGGACUCUCGGCGUCUCCGGGGACAAGGGCACAACACGCACUUCAGAGUGGAAGAGUUGUAAGGCGCUGAUCCGGAGCGGGAGGGCAGACAGGAGCGGGAAGAGGGGCGCUCCGGCUCCGGUCCGCCGGGCACGCGGGCCUGUCACUCGCCUGGCGUCCAGCUAGACGCUGGGAUAGCCUUUCCUCAGUCCUACCCUCCCCCCGCCACCUUGGGACCAGAAAUUCGGGCUCGGCUGCAAAGCCAGACAGUCUGGGUCGCAAAGUGGGGCGCAUCAGGGAGGAGAAGUCGCACCCCUGGGUGGCAGGGAAAGCCUUCUUUAGAUACCCGAUUAUCUUUACUGUUGCUUCUCCCCUUCCGGUUGAAUGGAUCGCUCCGCCUGUUUCCUCCCCAUCUCCUUGGGUGCAAUGGAAUGUUCCAUUGCCCCUCCGGUCCUCUGUCCGCGUUGCAGGGAACGCUCUCUCUGUUGUCAGGGAAAGCCCCGGACGUGACGGCUUUGCGCGACCCCGAGCAGCACCCCCCUCCCAUCCGUCAUCCCCCUGUGCGCUCUCCUGGUCCCCCUUUGCCUCCUACCCCGUGGAUUCCAGACUGGGUACAAGAAAACAGCUGGCGGAGCGAAGCCUCCAGACCCAGGCCAGGUGGGAGCAUGCCAGGGCUAUGGAGGCAGAGGCUUCCUUCGGCGUGGGCUUUGCUCCUUCUGCCGUUCUUGCGACUGCUGAUGCCCGCAGCCCCCGCACCCCACCGCGGGUCCUACAAGCCAGUGAUCGUGGUGCACGGGCUCUUUGACAGUUCAUACAGCUUCCGCCACCUGCUGGACUAUAUCAAUGAGACACACCCCGGGACUGUGGUGACAGUGCUCGAUCUCUUCGAUGGCAGAGAGAGCUUGCGGCCCUUGUGGGAACAGGUGCAAGGGUUCCGAGAGGCUGUGGCCCCCAUCAUGGAAAAGGCCCCUGAAGGGGUGCACCUCAUCUGCUACUCCCAGGGGGGCCUGGUGUGCCGAGCUUUGCUGUGCGUCAUGGAUGAGCACAAUGUGGAUUCUUUCAUCUCCCUCUCUUCCCCACAGAUGGGACAGUAUGGAGACACAGACUAUCUGAAGUGGCUGUUCCCUACAUCCAUGCGGUCUAACCUCUAUCGGGUCUGCUAUAGUCCUUGGGGCCAAGAAUUUUCCAUCUGCAACUACUGGCAUGAUCCUCACCAUGACGACUUGUACCUCAAUGCCAGCAGCUUCCUGGCCCUCAUCAAUGGGGAGAGAGACCAUCCCAAUGCCACUGUGUGGCGGAAGAACUUUCUCCGAGUGGGCCGCCUGGUGCUGAUUGGGGGUCCUGACGAUGGAGUCAUCACUCCCUGGCAAUCUAGCUUCUUUGGUUUCUAUGACGCCAAUGAGACAGUCUUGGAUAUGGAGGAGCAGCCGGUUUAUCUGCGAGACUCCUUUGGGUUGAAGUCUCUGUUGGCCCGGGGGGCCAUAGUGAGGUGUCCGGUGGCGGGGAUCUCUCAUACCACUUGGCACUCCAAUCGCACGCUCUAUGAUAAUUGCAUUGAACCAUGGCUCUCCUGAAGAUGUCCUCAGGAAUUCCCCAGCCCAGAGACCAAGUGGUAGCCUUGGGAAGCAGAUGCCAGGCUCUGGCACGCCCAUGACAACCUCAUCGCUCCCACACUGCCCCACCCCACCAGGGCUCCCUGAAUCCUCCCCUCUGCUCCUCUGUGAAUGACAAGUUCUGGUCCCCUACCUCAUGUCCUCAUCUGGGGACAUCUCCGUGUGCUCCCUUUCUCCCAGGGCUGAGGUUGGGAAGUGAGCACCAGGUUUCUAACGGGCUUCACGCUGCUGCUCCUCCUCCGGGUCUGGCUGUACCGGAGGAGAACCCAGCCCCUGCCCACCACAGGGGUCUCCUUCCAGGCCACUCAGGACAUUUUUAGCUUCUGUUAUUCCCUGUGUUCCCUUUUUCUCAACUUCCCUGUCGCCAGCCUCCCCGCCAAGAGGGACGCCCGUAAGAGGGGUUCUGCGGUUCCCCUAUGGGGACAGUUCCACUUUUGAAGUGUCAGUGUUGGGGAAUAUCUGUGGCCUGCAAGGCCCAUCUCAGGUUUGGGGAUCCCCCAGUCCCUAUGAUCAGUGUUGGGGUAUCCCCUGGGAGCCUAGGUUCUUUAAGGCCCCAGACCCUCUUUUAACUACCCUUGAGCGGGUGUUCUCUGUAUUUAUAGAAAUAAAGUUCCAUUUCCUCA